AUGAGGCCGAGCGGACGGGCGCUGCGAUCGCUGGCCGCCAAGGCGUCGGCGUCCGCGUCGGUCUUCCGCGCCGUCGACUCGGCGCCGCCGCUCGAGAUCUUCAGCGUGGUGGCGGGCUUCGCGCGCGACACCCACCCCAGCAAGGUCGACCUCGGCAUCGGCGCUUAUCGCACCAAUGAGGGACAGCCUUGGGUGAUGCCCUGGGUGCAGCGAAUUGAGCAGCUUAUGGGUCAAGACAAGACAAGAAACCAUGAGUACUUGACAUUCCUGGGCUGUGACACAUUCAGCCAAGCAGCAACUGCCCUGUUGUUGGGACCAGAAAGUGAUGUUGUGAGGCAGGGAAAGGCCUUUGGCAUACAGAGCCUCGGGGGAACGGGAUGUGUACGUAUUGGAUCUGAAUUCUUAUCCAGAGUACUGAAUUACAAUACUGCCUACAUUCCUGCACAAACUUGGGAUAACCAUCACAGAGUUAUGUCUCGAAGUGGAUUCACACACUUGAAGGAGUACAGGUAUUGGCAUCCUCUGAAUAAGGCACUAGAUUUUGAGGGUCUAACUGAAGACUUGUCAUCUGCUCCCAAAUAUUCUGUGGUGGUGUUACAUCCAUGUGCCCACAAUCCUACUGGCUGUGAUCCAACACAAGAACAAUGGGAUAGGAUUGCUGACAUUAUUCAGGAAAGAAAACUCUUUCCAUUUUUUGACACAGCCUACCAAGGCCUGGCUUCAGGUGAUGUUGACCAAGAUGCAUGGGCUGUUCGUCAUUUUGUUAAAAGGGAACUUGAAUUGUUUUGUGCUCAAUCUUUCUCCAAGUCCUGUGGAUUGUAUGGUGAACGAAUUGGCAACUUAACAGUAGUUUUGCAUGAUCCAGAUCAGAUUGAGAAGAUGAGAUCACAGUUUCGUAUUAUUGUGAGAGCCCUGUACUGCAGUCCUCCAAGACAUGGUGCACAGAUCGUUUCCACAAUGCUUCAAGACCCAAAUAUGCAGGAGGAAUGGCGAGCAUGCUUAAGGGAAAUGGCUGGCCGAAUCCGAGACAUGAGACACAGUCUGAGACAGAAACUUGAAGGAAUGAAAACACCAGGCACCUGGGAGCACAUAACUAAACAAGUGGGGAUGUUUUCAUUCACAGGUCUUACAGAACACCAAGUUCAGUACAUGAAGGAAAAGCACCACAUAUACAUGUUAAGCAGUGGAAGAGCCAACAUGUGUGGACUCAACAACAAAAAUCUGGAUUAUGUUGCAAGUGCUAUCCAUGAUACAGUGACACAGAUAAAAUAAAGGUAGAAAUUCAACACUCAUCCAAGAGCGAACUGUGUUGUUUUGAGUUACAGUGAUUGUUCCUUUUUAAUGUGAAUGGUGACCAGUCUGCCUGUUACAUGUGUAUUGCUCUCAAGUAAAUUUGUUAUGGAAACACGUUUAUUAAUAUAGCUGUGCUAUCAAAUCAAA